UAGCACUGACUGGACACACCGGACAUGAGAUGCAUGGUGCUGACCAUGGAGAAAUCACUGUGCUGGGCAGCGGGACAGUCCAGGCAGGGACGCCCGCGGUGAGCGCCCUGCCCAAACGCAUCUUACGAAGACGCAAGAGAGAGUGGGUGAUGCCGCCGAUAUCCGUCCCCGAGAACGGCAAGGGUCCUUUCCCUCAGAGGCUGAAUCAGCUCAAAUCUAAUAAGGACAGAGGCACCAAGAUUUUCUACAGCAUCACUGGGCCUGGAGCAGACAGUCCGCCCGAGGGCGUCUUCACCAUAGAGAAGGAGACAGGCUGGUUGCUGUUGAAUAUGCCACUGGACAGGGAGAAGAUUGUCAAGUAUGAGCUUUUUGGCCAUGCCGUGUCUGAGAACGGGGCCUCUGUGGAAGAGCCCAUGAACAUCUCCAUCAUCGUGACAGACCAGAAUGACAACAAGCCCAAGUUCACUCAGGAGACCUUCAGAGGGAGGGUCCUUGAGGGAGCAACACCGGGCACCUCUGUGAUGCGUGACAUCCACACUUACAAUGGGGUGAUAGCGUACUUCAUCCAUAACCAAGAACCAAAGGAGCCACAUGACGUCAUGUUCACCAUCCACAAAAGCACUGGGGCCAUUAGUGUUAUCUCCAGUGGCCUGGACCGGGAGAAAGUCCCCGAGUACAAACUGACCAUCCAGGCCACAGACAUGGAUGGAGAGGGCUCUACCACCACAGCGGUGGCCAUUGUGGAAAUCCUUGAUGUCAACGACAAUGCCCCCGAGUUUGAGCCACAAAAGUAUGAGGCCUGGGUGCCAGAGAACGCAGUAGGCCAUGAGGUGCAGAGUCUAACAGUGACUGAUCUGGAUGUCCCCGACUCACCGGCAUGGCGUGCCGCCUACCGAAUCGUGGGAGAUGAUAAUAGGGACCAUUUCACGGUCACCACUCACCCAGAGACCAACCAAGGCAUCCUGACAACCAAGAAGGGCUUGGAUUUUGAGGCUCAGAACCAACACACCCUGUACAUAGAAGUGACCAACGAGGCUCCCUUUGUGGUGAAGCUCCCGACAGCCACUGCCACCGUAGUGGUCCACGUGGAAGAUGUCAAUGAGGCCCCUGUGUUUGUCCCACCUUCCAAAGUGGUUGAGGUCCAGGAGGGCAUCUCUGUUGGGGAACUGGUCUGCUUCUAUACUGCCCAGGACCCAGACAAGGAGGACCAGAAGAUCAGCUACCACAUCUUGAGAGACCCAGCUGGCUGGCUAGCCAUGGACCCAGACAGCGGUCAAGUCACGGCUGCAGGCAUCUUAGAUCGUGAGGAUGAACGGUUUGUGAGGAACAACAUCUAUGAAGCCAUGGUUUUGGCCACAGACAAUGGGAGCCCUCCCACCACGGGCACUGGAACCCUCCUGCUAACACUCACCGACAUCAACGACCAUGGCCCACUCCCAGAACCCCGCCAGAUCACCAUCUGUAACCAAAGCCCUGUGCCUCAAGUGCUGAACAUCACGGACAAGGACUUGUCUCCCAACUCCUCCCCUUUCCAGGCCCAGCUAACACAUGAUUCGGACAUCUAUUGGGCAGCAGAAGUCAGCGAGAAAGGAGACACCGUGGCCUUGUCGCUGAAGAAGUUCCUGAAGCAAGACACAUAUGAUUUGCACCUUUCUCUGUCUGAUCAAGGCAACAGGGAACAGCUAACCAUGAUCAGGGCCAAAGUGUGUGACUGCUAUGGCCAUGUGGUGACCUGCCCCGAGCCCUGGAAGGGUGGUUUCGUCCUCCCCAUCCUGGGUGCUGUCCUGGCUCUGCUGAGUGAGUACCAUAAGCUUCCAUGUGCAACUAGGUACUUAAGAGAAUUUAUUUUUCUCAGAAUUUCUGAAACUAAUAUUUCUCAUUCAUUUCUUUAUUUCUUUGGUUUUAUGCUUAUUGAAUGUUUUUGCCUGAAUGUGUGAGUACCUCAUUUGUGC